CCGGAGGACCUACCGAUCCUGUGUGAGCGGCACACGACAUCGAAGCUGAGGGCGUUUGAGGAUCUGGAGAGCAUGGCCACGCUGGGCUUCCGCGGGGAGGCCCUCGCCAGCCUCACCUUUGUCUCGCACCUCACCGUCACCACCAUGACCGCUGGCCAGACGCACGGCUUCAGGGCGCAGUAUCGGGACGGCGAGCUGGAGGGCGCAGCAGUGGCGUGUGCAGCAGUGCAGGGCACGCAGGUGCUGGUGGACGACCUCUUGGCGCAGUACCGGGACGGGGAGAUGCAGGGCGCGGCAGUGGUGUGUGCGGCGGUGCAGGGCACGCAGGUGCUGGUGGACGACCUCUUGUUCAACGCGCCUGCUCUUCCUGUGGCUCAGAAGUCCUCCACCUCUCCCCACCCACCCCACAGGGCACAGUACCGAGACGGUGAACUGGAGGGGCCCCCAGUGGCGUGUGCGGCGGUGCAGGGCACGCAGGUGGUGGUGGACGACCUGUUCUUCAACGUGCCUGCGCGGCGCAAGGCCUUCCGCAGCCACAGCGAGGAGUACGCGCGCAUCCUCGACGUGCUCAGCCGCUUUGCUAUACACAACUAUGACGUGUGCUUCUCCUGCAAGAAGGUGCGCCACGGGUGCCUGCUGCUCACGCGCGCUCAGCCUCCUCCUCCUCCUCGUCGCUCUGCUCUCUCCACGCGCACGCUUUCCCCCUAUCCCGCACUCAUUUCCAUCUCCCCGUCUCCCCGUUUCACCAGAUUUGUUUCGCCCGUUAUCCCACAAUCUCCCACGUCUUUCCUUUCUACCCUUCGGUACAGUGCGAGAGGCCAGCACCUCUUCACCCCUGGUGCUCCCAUCCCAGGUGUGCCCUCUUGUGCAUCCCAUCCUUCCUCUUGCUUCCUUUCUCCCCGUUCCUUCUCUUCGUGUCUCUUCUCAUGGCAGUACGGUGAGGCACGCACCGACCUCUUCACUCCUGGUGCUCCCAAGCAGGAAGCAAGGGCAGGUGGGAAGAAACGGCGGAGAGGGAAAGAUAAUGGAAAGGGCUUGGGCGUGGAGAGCAGUGCUGAAGGGAGAGCUGAAGGGGGUGGCGAGGCAGGGGAGGGGGAGCGGACAGAAGGAAAGGAAGAGGCGAUGGAGAAGGGGGAGGAGGAGACGGAGGAUGAUGAAGAGGAUGAGGAGGAGGCGGAGGCAGAGCGCAGGAGGAGACAAGUGGAGGCGGUGCGAGCUGUGUAUGGCGCUGCUGUGGCCCGCGACCUCAUUCCCAUUGCGGCCAGGCGCGGGGGAUGGGGGGAGAAAGAGGGCGCUCGGGGAGAGGGAGAGGGGGUGGGGGAGGGAGAAGGCGAAGGUGGGGAAGGUGGUGGGAGUGACGAGGGGGGCAGAGGCGACGGCGUGCAGUUCUCGAUGAGGGGGUUGAUCUCGUCGGCGAAUUAUAGUGCCAAGAAGACCACGAUGGUGCUCUUUAUCAACAACCGACUGGUGGAGUGUUCACCACUGCGCAAGGCGUGUGAGGCCACGUAUGCAGCCAUCCUGCCCAAGGCGGCGCGCCCCUUCCUCUACCUCGCUCUCUCCCUGCCGCCCCACCACGUGGACGUCAACGUGCACCCCACCAAGCGAGAGGUGGGCUUCUUGAACCAGGACGAGGUGGUGGCAGCGGUGCAGCACGCAGUGCAGCAAGCCAUCCUCUCCUCCAACCACACACGAACCUUCUACACCCACUCCAACCUCCUCGCCGCCUCCACCCCUCCCCUCAAACCCCCUGCCGGUGCUGCUGCUGACCCGUCCAGCCCAGCUGCAGCAGCCUCCUCGCCUGCCACCAAGCCCCGCCCCCCCAAGCACGCCUCGCCCGCAUCCCUGAGGCCGCCAGAGCAUCGUCUCGUGCGCACGGAUGCACGAAUCCCAGCAGGCCGCCUCCACGCCUUCUUCUCCCACCGCCCCUCCUCCUCACAGCCCUCCUCUUCCCAGCCAUUGCCUUCACUAUCCCAGCCACUGCUGUCCCAACAACCACUGCACUCUCAACCACUCCUUGCCCAGUCCUCCUCCUCCCAACCCUCUUGUGCUCCCGCCGCCUCUCCACUUGAUUCGGCCUCGCAACGUGCAAGAGGCGUGGAGGGAGGAGAGGAGGAGGAGGAGGGGCGCGAGGAGUUUGGAGGACAGGGAGUGGGGUCGGAUGGUGGGGGAGAGGGGGAGACGCGUGCGGAUUUAGUGGAAACGGCGAGCAGAGAAGAAGAGGAGGGUGGGCAUGCGGAGAAGCAGGGAGCGAGGGAGAGACGGGACGUUGAGGAAGCAGACCAAGUGGUGGCUCCGCAGCAAGGGAGGAUAGGGAGCGCAGCGGCUGUGGCAGGGCCCUGUGUGGAUGGAUCAGGUGCAGCAGGUGCAGAAGGUGUGGCAGCUCCGUGUGUGCAGCUACAGGCGGGAUUGGUUGGUAGCAGUGAGCAGGCGGCAGGGGAUAGCUUGGCGGCCACAAGGUUUUGCCACUCUGCAUCCUCUCCUGACCUUCGCGUUCACCCUUCCUGCGCCCGUUCGUUGACCAUUGCCGAUUGGUGCAAGCAGGCAGGCGGUGAGGAAGAGGAGGAGUCUCAAGGGGGCAGCUGCAGGGGCAGGAGGGGCGCGAGGGGUGGGAGGAGUGGGAGGAGAGGAGCGGCUGACGAGCGUGGAGGAGCUCAUGGAAGGGAUCUCUGCACGCACACACACAGCUUGCCAUGUGGUGAGAAGCAGAGGCUGGAAAGCGUCCUCUUGUCCCUCCUCCUCUUCUCCCCACCCCACCCGCUGCUGGUUGCAGCCCUGUCGGCUCUGCUAGCGGACUGCACGUAUGUGGGCAUGGUGGACGACAGGCGCAUGCUGCUGCAGCACUCCACCUCGCUCUAUCUUGUUGACGCUGUCAGCAUCAGCAAGGAGCUGAUGUGGCAGCAGGCGAUUCGCCGCUUUGCGCGCUUCACGUGCAUGACGCUGCACCCGCCCCCACUGCUCGCCGACCUGCUGCUGCUGGCGCUGCAGGAGGAGGAGCGGGCGGGCGGGCGCACAGGGGCUCAUGGGUGCAAGCAGGAGAUGGUGGAGGCGUGGGUGCAGGCGGUGCAAGGCAGGGCGGAGAUGCUAGCAGAGUACUUCGCCCUCACCGUCUCCCCGGACGGCCAUCUGCUCUCGCUGCCCCUGCUGCUCGACCACCACACGCCCGACCUCACGCGCCUGCCAUCUCUCGCGCUCGCUCUUGCCAAUGAGGUGGAGUGGGACGAGGAGAAGGCCUGCUUUGCCUCCCUGGCUGCUGCACUGGCCGACUUCUUUGCUUUCCAUGCGCCGCUGCUGCCCCGCCCCUCCGCCAACCAGCAAAGAAAGGACACGAAUGGCGAGGAAAGGGAGGGAGGUGGGCAGGUGAGGGGAGAGGAGGACGGGGAUGCGAGCAAGGAAUGGAAAGUGCGGGGUUCAGAAGAGGCUGGGGAUGAGGAGAGUGCUCGGGGCGGUAGGGGGGCUGAUGUGGCUGCAUCGACAGCUGCUGUGACUAUAGCAGGCGGGGGUGAAGUGGGAGUGAGCGAGGAAGGUGGGAGUGAGGAGGGGAUGAGUGAGGUGGAGGUGGAGGCGAUGUGGCGGCAAUGGGAGUGGAGCAUUCAGCAUGUGCUGCUGCCCGCACUCAAGUUCUUCCUCAAGCCACCCAAGCGCAUGGCCAGGGAUGGCAGCUUCAUCAAGCAUGCUUUUGCAGCAGUUAUUGUGUUUGCGGUGACACGUGCGUGUGUGGCCUUCUGA